ACAAAUACAAUAUCCCCUUUUGUCAAAAAAAAGAAAAAGAUAUUUAUUUAAUGUAUUUUAUGCAAAAGAAAAGGAUAUUUAAAAUCCCCUUUCUCUAGCGCUUGAAAGAAACAAUUUUGUUUCAUACCUAAAAAUCCCUAAUUUUUUUUUCAUUUCUCGGUGAAAGCUUGAUUUAGAUGGAGGCAGGGCAGCCGAAGCUCAAGAAAUUAGCAAAGCGCGGCAAGAAUGCAUACAAUUGUCAAAUAAAUAAUCUUGACGAUGGCUGUCUCAUGCUAAUUUUCAGCUUCCUCUGCCCCAUUCCAGAUCGGUAUAACACCGCCCUCGUUUGCCGCAGAUGGCGUUUCCUAGCAUGCCACCCUCGGCUUUGGUUGCGAGUUGAUAGGUCUGUCAAUGAUUUAUCUGAGCCUGGAGUUUACCCCAAUAUUGAGACAGCCGUCUCUGCGGCAAGGCCUGGGGACACUAUAUUGAUUGCAGCUGGAGGGAUUCACCGCACGUCCAAUAUUCAGAUCAAAAAGCCUCUUUGUCUGAUCGGUGCCGGUGAACUUCCUGAUGAUACAACACUCAUCUGCUCCCGUGGUUCUGAGAGUGCCCUGGAGUUCUUGGCUACUUGUAAACUGGCUAAUCUGACUGUGAGAGCAGAGCUCGGUUGCUGCCUUCUGCACAGGAGCGGGAGGCUAACGAUUGAUGGCUGUAUUCUCCAAUGCGAGACGAAUCCCUUAGACCAUCUCUCUCAUGCCAUUGUGACCACUGCAAGCCCUCCCAAUGGAGUUCCAGCUGCACUAAAGAACAAUGGUGAUUGUGUUACUGUAAUGCGAACAAGGAUCGAGGGAGGCGCAAAGGCUGUCUUGACAAGCGGAACACUCUCCCUGCAGCGAGUACGAGUCAUAUAUACUCGCACUUCCCUGUUUUUCUGGUUCAGUGUUGAGCUUUCAGACUGAUUCGUGUCGCCAUCCAAGCUGUAGGUGGACCUUUUUCUUAAUAUUCAUUCUUUUCCCCCCUUUGGAAAGAAAAAAGAAAAGAAAAAUCUUAUGCAUUUCUCUCUCUAAAGUGGAAUCUUAUCUGCAGUGUUGUCUGAAAUAGUUCGUAGUUGUAAUUGUAGUUGUUCCUAGGUUGUAUAUAAAUGUUCCAGCCACUUGUUGGUACGGAAUCUGUAACAGUAGGCCUUAUAAUUUGAUUGCCGACUAAUGUUUAAUUUAUGGGAAUAUCUGACAGAAUGCAGUGAUUACUUUUUACCUA